CAUCCACCACCCUUCCAUUUUUUUUAUCUCGAAAACCCGCCGCCUCCUCGUAGCAAGAUAGUACUCCGUAGUAAACAACUCACUCUACAUGGCUGGAACCGGCGUGGUGGCGGUGUACGGAGAUGCAUCAAUAACAGAAUCCAAGAAAUCAUCGUUCACUGUGAAAGUUGGUCUGGCGCAAAUGCUCCGUGGCGGCGUCAUAAUGGACGUCGUUAACGCAGAGCAGGCUCGUAUUGCUGAGGAGGCCGGUGCUUGUGCCGUCAUGGCGCUUGAGCGCGUCCCUGCUGAUAUCCGGGCCCAAGGCGGUGUGGCCCGCAUGAGUGACCCGCAGCUUAUCAAGGAAAUCAAACAGGCUGUCACAAUCCCUGUCAUGGCGAAGGCCCGUAUCGGCCACUUCGUCGAGGCCCAAAUCCUUGAAGCCAUAGGCGUCGACUACGUCGACGAAAGCGAAGUUCUCACUCUCGCCGAUGAAGAUAACCACAUCAACAAGCACAACUUUCGAAUCCCUUUCGUUUGCGGCUGCCGCAAUUUGGGUGAGGCGUUGCGGAGGAUUCGCGAGGGAGCUGCAAUGAUCAGAACCAAAGGAGAGGCCGGAACGGGUAACAUAGUCGAAGCGGUUAGGCAUGUGAGGUCAGUGAUGGGAGAUAUUCGGGUUUUGAGGAACAUGGAUGACGACGAGGUGUUCACUUUCUCGAAGAAAAUUGCGGCUCCUUAUGAUCUCGUGAUGCAGACGAAGCAGUUGGGGAGGCUUCCGGUGGUGCACUUCGCGGCAGGAGGAGUUGCGACGCCAGCCGACGCAGCGCUCAUGAUGCAGCUGGGUUGUGACGGGGUUUUUGUGGGCUCUGGGGUGUUCAAGAGUGGUGACCCGGCAAAGAGGGCUCGGGCUAUAGUGCAGGCAGUCACUCAUUAUAGUGACCCUGAGGUGUUGACCGAAGUCAGUUGUGGGCUCGGGGAGGCCAUGGUUGGUCUCAAUUUGAAGGAUGAGAAAGUGGAGAGGUUCGCUAACCGGUCAGAUUAGUCGAAAAUGUUCUUGGCUUGUAGGUGAGGUUCAAAGUUCUCACUAUUGACAAUAAUGAUGCUGUUUUAUUUGAAAAACAAAAUAAUUCUUCAAUCUAUCUUGAAGGCUCUGUAGGGUUGUGAAAGCUUGUUAGGCUCUGUUCUGUUUCUUGUUUGUUGGUUUUUGGAUACCUGGAUUUGGUAUUCUCAUAUAAUAGUAUUCAAAGUUGUUUCAAUAACUAAAAGUUUAUUACUGAUUUAUGAUUACAAUUUCCUUGC